AUGUCUGCUGGUCCAUCUCACUGGGCGAAAGAUUCUGCCGAAGAGGAUCGUGUAGAAACGCUUAUCAGAGGGACUGGCUGUUGGGAUCAACACAUAGCCGUCGUGGACUGUAUGGGAGACAAAGGUGACUGGAGACAGUGUCAGGAGCAGGUCGGUCGUGGCUGA